CUCUGCCGCCCGCCAGGCCUGCGCGAGCUCUGAAGCUGCCGGCCCGCCAGAGACGCCAUGUACCGGCUCCUGUCAGCCGUGACAACCCGGGCCGCGACCCACGGGAGCUGCGCCUGGGGCUGCGGGCGGCGCGCAGCUCACCAGCGCGCCGGGCUGCCGCCGAUCGGCCCCGGCUGGGUCGGGGGCCUCGGGCUGGGUCUGGGGCUGGCGCUCGGGGUGAAGCUGGCCGGUGGGCUGAGGGGUGCGUCCCCCGCGCCGCCCACCGCGGCACCAGACCCCGAGACGCCGCCUCAGGCCGAGCCGCCGCUGCCGCCGCAGGAGCAGCCCCUCGCCCAGUGGUCUCCACAGACCCCGACGCCGCUGCACUCCAGGCGCUUUGCCAGAGCCAUCGACCGCAGCCGCGACCUCCUGCACAGGAUCAAGGAUGAGGUGGGCGCACCCGGCAUUGUGGUUGGAGUCUCUGUAGACGGAAAAGAAGUCUGGUCAGAAGGUUUAGGUUAUGCUGAUGUUGAGAACCGUGUACCAUGCAAGCCAGAGACAGUUAUGAGAAUUGCCAGUAUCAGCAAAAGCCUCACCAUGGUUGCCAUUGCCAAAUUGUGGGAAGCAGGGAAACUGGAUCUUGAUAUUCCAGUACAACAUUAUGUUCCUGAAUUCCCAGAAAAAGAAUAUGAAGGUGAAAAGGUUUCUGUCACAACAAGAUUAUUGAUUUCCCACUUAAGUGGAAUUCGUCAUUAUGAAAAGGACAUGAAAAAGGUGAAAGAAGAGAAAGCUUAUAAAGCCUUGAAGAUGAUGAAAGGGACGAUGGAAUCUGACCAAGAAAAAGAGUUAAAAGAAAAAGGAGGCAAAAAUAAUGAAAAGAAUGACUUUGCUAAAGCUAAGAUAGAGCAAGAUAAUGAAGCCAAAGGCCGAAAUUCAAAACCUUGCAAGAAAAAGAAUGAUUUUGAACAAGGUGAAUUAUAUUUGAAAGAAAAAUUUGAAAAUUCAAUUGAAUCCCUAAGAUUAUUUAAAAAUGACCCUUUGUUCUUUAAACCUGAUUUUAUGUUUACAAUAAAAAGAGACGUCUUGUCAACACACCUUACGUGGAUAACUCCUAUAAAUGGGCUGGUGGUGGAUUUCUGUCUACACACAGACCACAGAGCGAAGUGCUUGGAGCUGCCAAGGAGGUGGCAUUUACAUUGGGAGAGGAGGAAAGAGCAUUGUCUGGGUGUCCCGGAGGAGUGCAGCGUGACUGAACUGUCUGUGCGGGAAGAGCCACGAAGUGUGAAGAGCCCUGUGAAGUUAGUGAAUGUGCAUUAUGAGCAGGAGGUGGUGUCUGUUUCUCCACUCCCUUGAACCUGAGGUGGCCUCGUGACUUGCUUUGACCCAGAGAACGUGGUGGAAAUGAUGUUGCACAAGUUCCAGCGCUUAGGCUUCAAGAGGCCAUCAAACUUCCAUCUUCACCCUCCAAGAACACUGCCCCCAAGACGGCCACGUAAGGAAACCAGACUACCUUACUGGAUAACCCAGCUGACGGCCAGUACCAGACAUGUGACGGAAGCCAUCUUGGACCUUCCAGUCCAGUUGAGCCUCCAUGUAUGAGUGAGCCCAGGUAAGACCAACCCACAGAAUCAUGAAAAAGAAUGUCAUCAUUAUUUUAAGCCACUAAAUUUUGGGGUGACUUCCUUUGCAGCAAUAGUUAACACAACUAUGCUCCAGUGUGGUAAUGAAGUGGGUAAAUAAUUUGGAAGAAAAAAACAAUGUGAAAGUGCUUGAUUUUGAAUACACAGGAUCCUUUUUUAUGUAAAAGAAUACUAUUAACAGAGUACUUACUAUGUGUCAGGCAUUGUGCUAAGCACUUUAUAUAUGUUAUCUUCAAAACAACCCGAUUAAGUAGAAAUUAUUGUACUUAUUUUGCCCAAAGUCACACAAGCAUUAACCAUUAGAACUCAUUUCAAAUCCAGGCAUAUCUGACUCAAAAGCCUGUUCUAAAAUUAUCUUGUCUUCCCAUAAAAAAAGCAUCUCUAAAAAUUUACAGACCCAAUAAAAGGACAAUUAGUGGCAUGCAGUUUUAUAGAUGGAGUGCUUAGCAAAAAUAAAAAAGCUAAGUCACAUAAAAUGAAUUAAAAAAACAUGUAUUGGGAUUUUAAUUAGUAAAUCUAGCUGCAAAUAAAGAAAAAUACACAACUUUUGUUAUUAAUAUGCAAAUUAAAGACAAAACAAAGAUGUCACAGUAGAGUCAUGCUUUUACACACUCCCUCUCUUAUAUACAUAGCAUUAUAUAUAAAAUGUGAAAUGAAAAAAUGAAAAAGACACUCAUGGACUUAAGAAUACAAACACAAAAUAUCGACCAGGGCUGAAGCUGGUGUCUCCUGACCUCUGGGUCCAGAAGGCAGUGGCAGCUCCAGUAUUCUGUUCCUGUAGAAUAAUCGAAACUAAACCUGCUUCCCUAAGAAAAAUUUAAAAUAUAGGCUUUUAACUAAAUCGGACAGGACUAGUCUCCCUAAUUUUUUUCUAAGGUGAGGUUUUGCUAGGUAAGAAAAUAACAGUCAACCUGGUAUAGGUCUGCUAUGAAUAUUGGGGUACAUGUAUCCUUUCGAAUUACGGUUUUCUCCAGAUAUCAAUAUAUGCCCAGGAGUGGGAUUGUUGGAUCAAAUGGUAACUAUUUUUAGCUUUUUAAGGAAACUCUAUACUGUUUUCCAUAUCUAAUUAGAUAAAUUAGACUUCAUAAAAAUUUAAAAUGUUUGUGUUUCUAAGGACAAAAGGUGAAAAGACAACCUACAGAAUGGGAGAAUAUAUUUGCAAACCAUAUAUAUAAGGGAUCUGUAUCUAAAAUACGUAAGAACUCUUACAACUCAAAAAUAAAAAGGCAACCCAGUUAACAAUGGGCAAAGGAUCUGAAUAGACAUUUCAACAAAGAAGAUACACAAACAGCCAAUAAGCACAUUUAAAUAUGGUCAACAUCAUUAGUCAUCAGGGAAAUACACAUCAAACUCUAAUGAGAUAACUCUUCACACACACUAAGAUGGCUACAAUC